CCUUGGUGAUCCGCACAAGCCAACAUGGAGGCACGGGGCUGUGCGCGCGACCCCGCGUCUCUGCUCCUUACAGUCUGGUUACAAUGAAGGGAGGAGAGCAGAUAUGUGCGCGUGCAUGUCUUUAUAAACACCUCUCUCCUUCUCCGUUCUUUUAAACAAAUCGUUUCAUUCGAGGAAGAUACAUUUGUAUUUCUUUUGAUUGGAGGAAGUCGUGAUUGGAGGAAACCAUGAGCUCGGGGGAAGGAGAGGACGCGUGUAAGGACGACUGCUCUCUUCUGAAGUAUGAGCCCAAACUUGAUUUAGCAGGACACACAGGAUUCAACAGGAAUGAGGAGAUGAAGGCCAUUGAGGUUCUGCCAAUUCUGAAAGAGAAAGUGGCGUUUUUAUCAGGAGGCCGAGACAGACGAGGAGGUCCAGUCCUCACAUUCCCAUCCAGGACCAACCAUGACAGGAUAAGACAGGAGGAUCUGCGACGCCUCAUUGCCUACCUUGCCGGCAUCCCCAGCGAGGAGGUCAGCAGGCAUGGCUUCACAGUCAUCGUGGACAUGCGAGGCUCCAAAUGGGAUUCCAUCAAGCCCUUGCUGAAGAUCCUGCAGGAAUCGUUUCCGUCCUGCAUCCACGUCGCACUCAUCAUCAAACCUGACAACUUCUGGCAGAAGCAGAGGACCAAUUUCGGCAGCUCCAAGUUCGAGUUUGAGACUAUAAUGGUAUCUCUGGAGGGCUUGUCGAAGGUGGUGGACCCGUCACAGCUGACGGCCGAUCUGGAAGGAAGCCUAGACUAUGAUCAUGAUGAGUGGAUUGAAGUGCGUGUGGCGUUUGAGGAGUUUGCAGGUAAUGUGUCACGUGCACUCGGACGCCUCAUGGAGCUCCAGGAGCUGGUGUCACGUCGAGAGCUUCCCGUUGACCUAGAGGUGGCGCGAUGUGCCAUGGACGAACACAGUGCUCUGAAGAAGCGACUAGCAAAGGCUCCAACUGAGGAACUGGAGUCUGAGGGUCAGCACCUGCUGCAGCGUGUACAGUUUGGACAAAAGACCGGUGGAGAUGUACAGGGCCUGAUGCCCAAGAUCUCCGCUCUGCUAGAGGAACUACGUGCUGCACGACAACACAUGCACCAGGCCUGGCACAGCCGAAAGCUCAAACUGGACCAGUGCUUCCAGCUGAGGCUCUUUGAGCAGGACGCUGAGAAGAUGUUUGACUGGAUUGUUCACAACAAGGGCCUUUUCCUGACCAGCUACACCGAGAUCGGUGCCAACCACCAGCACGUCCUGGAGCUGCAGACCCAGCAUAACCACUUUGCUAUGAACUGCAUGAACGUGUACGUGAACAUCAGCCGAAUCGCAGCAGUGGGCAAGCGGCUCCUGGAUGGUGGUCACUACGCUGCAAUGCAGAUCCAGCAGCUCUCAGCGCAGCUCGAGCGAGAGUGGAAGGCCUUCGCUUCGGCGCUGGAUGAGAGGAGCGCCAUGCUAGAGAUGUCGGCCAACUUCCAUCAAAAAGCAGACCAGUACCUGAGUAAUGUGGAGUCGUGGUGUAAAGCAUGUGGUGAUGGUGAACUGCCCUCGGAGCUCCAGGACCUGGAGGAUACCAUUCACCACCACCAGGGGCUCUACGAGCACAUCACCGCCGCAUACUCUGAGGUGAGUCAAGAUGGAAAAUCCCUGUUGGACAAACUCCAGCGGCCUUUAAGUCAAGGAAGCGCCGAUUCAUUAACAGCCUCGGCCAACUACUCCAAGGCAGUGCACCACGUCCUGGACAUCAUCCACGAGGUGCUGCACCACCAGCGCCAACUGGAGAACAUCCUGCAGCACCGCAAACUCCGCCUGCACCAGCGCCUGCAGCUCUGCGUCUUUCAACAAGAUGUCCAACAGGUGCUGGACUGGAUCGAGAAUCACGGCGAGGCGUUCCUCAGUAAGCACACGGGCGUGGGGAAGUCCCUGCACCGAGCCCGGGCGCUGCAGAAACGCCACGAAGAUUUCGAAGAGGUGGCGCAGAACACGUACACUAACGCCGAUAAGUUGCUGGAGGCGGCUGAACAGCUGGCCCAGACCAGCGAGUGUGACCCUGAGGAGAUCUACCAGGCCGCCCACCAGUUACAGGACCGCAUCCAGGACUUUGUGAGGCGCGUGGAGCAGAGAAAAGUCCUGCUGGACAUGUCCGUGGCCUUCCAUACUCACGGCAAAGAGCUAUGGACGUGGCUGGAGGAACUGCAGAAGGAGCUGCUGGAUGACGUGUAUGCUGAGUCGGUGGAGGCCGUGCAGGAUCUGAUCAAGCGUUACGGGCAGCAGCAGCAGACCACGCUGCAGUGCACCGUCAACGUCAUCAAGGAGGGCGAGGAGCUCAUCCAGCAGCUCAGAGACUCGGCCAUUUCCAGUAAUAAAACGCCGCACAACAGCUCCAUGGCACACAUCGAGAGCGUCCUGCAGCAGCUGGAUGAGGCUCAGGCUCGCAUGGAGGAGCUCUUUCAGGAGCGCAAGAUCAAACUCGAGCUUUUCCUCCAGCUGCGCCUCUUCGAGAGGGAUGCCAUCGACGUGAUCUCAGACCUGGAGUCGUGGAGUGAGGAGUUAUCUCAGCAGCUUGGUGAGUUCGAUACGGAGGAGUUGACCGUGGCUGAGCAGAGACUCCAGCAGCACGCAGAGAAAACGCUCACCAUGAACAACCUGACGUUCAACGCCAUCCACCAGGGCCAGGAGCUGCUGCAGUACGUCACUGAAGUGCAGACCUCAGGUAUAGAGUUGUUGUGUGAUCGGGACGUGGACAUGGCCACACGUGUGCAGGACCUGCUGGACUUCCUGCAUGAGAAGCAGCAGGAGCUGGAUGCAGUGGCCGAGCAGCACCGUCGUCACCUGGAACAGUGUGUCCAACUGCGCCACCUACAGGCCGAGGUCAAACAGGUCCUUGGAUGGAUCCGUAACGGUGAGUCCAUGCUGAACGCCGGUCUGAUCACAGCCAGUUCACUGCAGGAGGCCGAGCAGCUACAGAGGGAACACGAGCAGUUCCAGCAUGCCAUCGAGAAGACACACCAGAGCGCCUUGCAGGUGCAGCAGAAAGCCGAGGCCAUGCUCCAGGCUGCUCACUACGACGGCGAGACCAUCCGCGAGUGCGCUGAGAAGGUGGCGUCUCACUGGCAGCAGCUCAUGCUUAAGAUGGAGGACCGACUCAAACUCGUCAAUGCCUCGGUGGCCUUCUACAAAACCUCCGAGCAGGUGUGCAGUGUGUUAGAGAGUCUGGAGCAGGAGUAUAAACGAGAGGAGGACUGGUGCGGAGGAUCCGAUAAACUCGGCCCCAACUCUGAGUUGGAUCAUGUGACCCCCAUGAUCAGCAAACACCUGGAGCAGAAGGAGGCCUUCCUCAAGGCGUGUACGUUGGCACGGCGCAACGCAGACGUGUUUAUGAAGUACCUGCACAGGAACAGUGUGAACAUGCCGGGCAUGCUGGCACAGAUCAAAGCUCCAGAGCAACAAGUCAAGAAUAUCCUGAACGAGCUGCUACAGAGGGAGAACCGAGUUCUUCAUUUCUGGACGAUGAGGAAGAGGAGAUUCGACCAGUGCCAGCAGUAUGUUGUGUUUGAGCGCAGCGCAAAGCAGGCUUUGGAGUGGAUCCAUGAUACAGGCGAGUUCUACUUAUCCACACACACGUCAAUGGGCUCCAGCAUCCACCACACACAGGAGCUGCUGAAGGAGCACGAGGAGUUUCAGAUCACGGCCAAGCAAACCAAAGAGCGUGUGAAGCUUCUGAUCCAGCUGGCGGACGGAUUUUGUGAAAAGGGACACUCCCAUGCGGGCGAGAUCAAGAAAUGGGUGGUUUCAGUGGACAAGCGCUACCGCGACUUCUCGCUCCGCAUGGACAAGUACCGCUGCUGCCUGGAGAAAGCGCUGGGGAUCUCCUCCGAUUUCAACAAGAGCAAAGACUUGCAGCUGGACAUUAUUUCAGCGAGUGCUCCUGGAGCUGAGGUCAAACUCCGAGACGCCAAUCACGAGCUCAAUGAGGAAAAGCGCAAGUCAGCUCGGCGAAAAGAGUUUAUAAUGGCCGAGCUGAUUCAGACAGAAAAGGCCUACGUCAGAGACCUGCGCGAGUGCAUGGACACGUAUCAUUGGGAGAUGACGAGCGGUGUGGAAGAGAUCCCAGCAGGGAUCAUCAACAAAGAGCACAUCAUCUUCGGCAACAUGCAGGACCUCUAUGAGUUCCACCAUAACAUUUUCCUGAAAGAGCUGGAGAAGUACGAGCAGCUGCCUGAAGAUGUCGGCCACUGCUUCGUCACGUGGGCGGACAAGUUCCAAAUGUACGUGAACUACUGUAAGAACAAGCCGGACUCCACACAGCUCAUCGUGGACCACGCGAGCUCCUACUUUGACGAGAUCCAGCAGAGACACAGGCUGGCAAACUCCAUCUCCUCCUAUCUCAUUAAGCCUGUGCAGAGAAUCACCAAGUACCAGCUGCUCCUCAAGGAGCUCCUGACGUGUUGUGAGGAGGGUAAAGGUGAGAUCAAAGAGGGACUGGAGGUGAUGCUCAGUGUGCCCAAGAGAGCUAACGAUGCCAUGCACCUCAGCAUGCUGGAAGGUUUCGAUGAGAAUCUGGAGUCUCAGGGUGAGCUCAUCCUGCAGGAAUCCUUCCAGGUGUGGGAUCCGAAGACGUUGAUCCGUAAGGGUCGUGAUCGUCACCUCUUCCUGUUUGAGAUGUCGCUCAUCUUCAGCAAAGACGUCAAAGACUCCAACGGCAGGAGCAAGUACCUGUACAAGAGCAAGCUUCUGACCUCUGAAUUGGGGGUGACGGAACACGUAGAAGGAGAUCCGUGUAAAUUCGCACUCUGGGUCGGACGCACACCUACCUCUGACAACAAGAUCGUUCUGAAGGCCUCCAGUAUAGAGAAUAAGCAGGAGUGGAUCAAACACGUGCGUGAGGUGAUUCAGGAACGAACCAUUCACCUGCGGGGGGCACUGAAGGAACCCAUCCACAUUCCCAAAACCACCAUGGGGGCAAAACUGAAGGGCAGAAGAGAGGGGGAGGAGCUGGACAGUCAGGGUGACGUCAGCAGCCAGCCGGACACGAUCUCCAUCGCGUCCCGCACCUCCCAGAACACCCUGGACAGUGACAAGCUAUCUGGGGGCUGCGAGUUGACGGUGGUCAUCCACGACUUCAUGGCCAGUAAUGGCUCGGAGCUGAGCGUCAGGCGUGGUCAGACCGUGGAGGUGCUCGAGAGGUGCCAGGACAAACCUGACUGGUGCCUGGUGCGCACCACAGACCGCUGUCCUGCCCAGGAAGGCUUGGUGCCCAGCGCCAUGCUGUGCAUCGCCCACUCUCGCAGCAGCAUGGAGAUGGAGGGGAUCUUUAAUCAUAAAGACACUCUCUCCGUGUCCAGUAAUGACGGGGGAAUAUCAGGCAGCGCCACCCUGCAGCCGAGGCACCUUCACGGCUCUCCGGGCGCCAAACGCCCUGGAAAUACCCUGCGUAAGUGGCUGACGAGCCCGGUGAGGCGUCUGAGCAGCGGGAAAGCCGAUGGAAAUGCCAAGAAACUCGCACACAAGCACAAGAAGAACCGCAAGAGCGGUGAAUUGCAGAGGGACUCGGAUGAGAACGCUGCGACGCCCCAGGACGAGACUGUGGAGGAGCGGAUGAGAUACGAGGGCCUAAGCAGUGGCACACUGUCCAAAUCAUCAUCUUCGGGCAUGCAGAGCUGUGGAGAGGAAGAGGGUGAAGAGGCCGUGCCUCUGCCACCACCAAUGCCCAUCCAACAGCACAGUCUCCUCCAUCAGGACUCCCAGGAUGAGAAGGCUUCUCGUCUUUCCGGGCAUCCCAGCAGUUCAGAGACCCCCAGUGCUGCCGAACUUGUGAUCGCCAUUGAAGAACUUGUCAAGAGCAAGAUGAGUCUGGAGGACCGGCCAAGUUCCCUCUCAGUUGACCACAAAGACAGCAGAAGUCCGUCAUGUAAUCCCUCCGAUUACUCGCUGUUGUCUUCUUCGUCACCUGCCGAGGAGAUGGAAGAACGCAAGACAAGCGUCCUUAAGAAGCGCCACUAUGUGCUUUUGGAGCUGGUGGAAACAGAGCGAGACUAUGUUAGAGACCUGGGUGCGGUGGUGGAGGGCUACAUGAGCCGCAUGAAGGAGGAGGGGGUUCCGGAUGACAUGAAGGGCAAGGACAAGAUCGUGUUCGGAAACAUUUAUCAGAUCUACGAAUGGCACAAAGACUUCUUCUUGUCUGAGCUGGAAAAGUGCCUGGAGGAUCCCAAUAGGCUAGCUCCACUGUUCAUCAAACAAGAACGUCGGUUGCACAUGUACAUCGUCUACUGCCAGAACAAACCCAAAUCUGAGCACAUCGUCUCAGAGUACAUCGACACAUAUUUCGAGGAUCUAAAGCAGCGUUUGGGUCACCGUCUGCAGCUCACAGACCUGCUGAUCAAACCUGUGCAGAGGAUCAUGAAGUACCAGCUCCUGCUGAAGGAUUUCUUAAAGUUCUCCAGAAAGGCGGGUGUUGAUACAGCAGAAUUAGAGAAAGCAGUGGAGGUCAUGUGCGUGGUGCCGAAACGCUGCAAUGACAUGAUGAAUGUGGGGCGUCUGCAGGGCUUUGAUGGCAAAAUCGUCGCUCAGGGCCGGCUCCUCCUCCAGGACACGUUCAUGGUGUCGGAUCAGGACUCCAGCCUCCUCUCACGCGCCAAGGAGAGACGCGUCUUUCUCUUCGAGCAGAUAAUUAUCUUCAGUGAGCCACUGGAUAGGAAGAAGGGCUUCUCUACUCCAGGAUUUCUGUUCAAGAACAGCAUCAAGGUCAGUUGGCUUGGCCUGGAGGAAAGUUCAGACAGCGACCCCUGUAGGUUCAUGCUCACAUCAAGGUCAUCCACGGGGGUCAGCGAGCGCUUCGUCCUCCACGCGUCCAGCCCGGGCGUGUGCCACACAUGGGUCCAGCAGAUCAGCAGCAUCCUGGAGAACCAGAGGAACUUCCUCAAUGCACUAACGUCUCCUAUAGAGUACCAGCGGAACCAUGUGGGCGCGAGCACUUCCAACCCGGGCCCCGGCAUCGCCGUCAGCUCCCGAACUCGUGGAUCCAGAAUUCCCCAACCCAUGCAGCCCCACCCCCCAUCAGCCUCAGGUACGUUCCCUGAGACGUUCGGGACAUGCCCCGUGUUUGAGGUCCCCCUGAACGAGCAGCAUGACGAGGCCUGUUCAGAUCCUCGAGCCGCUGUGUCCCCAAUGUCCCUUGCUUUGUCCAGACCUCGAUCAGGACUUCCUUCAUCACAAAUCUCACCUUCAGCAUGCCACUCUGGCCCCAAAGCCUCCUCGUCCUGCAGCUGGACUCCACUUCCAGAGCAGAAGCACAAGGAACCGGAUCAUGUCAGUACUUGCUCCUCAGCCAGUGAGCAUUCCCUGCAGAGCAACGGGAGUGAAAGCAGCAGCAGCAGUAGCGGCGUGUCCACCAUGCUGGUUACGCAGGACUACGUGGCUUUAAAAGAGGAUGAGAUCAGUGUGCACCAGGGCGAGGCCGUGCAGAUCCUGGCUUCCAACCAGCAGAGCAUGUUCCUGGUGUUCCGAGCUCCCACCGAACAGGGUCCCGCAGCCGAGGGAUGGAUCCCCGCCCACGUGCUGGGCCACACCUCCAUCCGUGCCCCCGACUACACCAACAGCACCUUCAAGAAGUCUUCUUCAUGGCACACAGCGCUGCGUAUCCGCCGCAGAUCAGAGAAGAGAGAGAAGGAGGGAAGAAAAGAGUGUCGUCAGGAGAAUAAGGUUUCCGUAAAGCUUCUAAAUCCGAACUACAUCUAUGACGUCGCGCCCGAGUUUCUGGUGCCGCUCAGCGAUUUAGCGUGCGAGAGUGGAGAGAGCGUGACCUUGCGCUGUAAGGUCGGAGGUCAACCGAGAGCCUCGGUGUCAUGGCGAGGACCGGAUCAGAACACGCUGAGCGACGGAGGACGGGUCACUCUGACACACAGCGAGACGGGCGAGGUGACGCUGCGCUUGUCCCCCGUAACCGUGGACGAUGGCGGAACCUACACCUGCAGCGCUGCCAACGACGUCGGCACGGUCACCUCGUCCGCCCGCCUCCGAGUGCAAGGUUCCUACAGUGAUGGAAUGAUCUGGAAGGAGAAUUUUGAGUCGCUUUACACCGAAGUGAUGGAACUCGGCAGAGGUAGGUUCUCCGUGGCUAAGUGGUGCGAGCAGGAAGGGACGCGACGCUCGGUGGUUGCGAAGCUGGUGAACAAGAAGCUGAUGCGGCGUGAGCAGGUGAUGAAGGAGCUGAACGUUCUGCGCUGCCUGCAGCAUCCCAACGUGGUGGGCCUCCUUGACACGUUCGAGACCAACACCAGUUAUGUGCUCGUGCUGGAAAUGGCUGAUCAGGGCCGUCUCCUGGACCACAUCGUGAGUUGGGGGAACCUGACUGAAGAGAAGGUGGCUCUGUACCUGAGGGACAUUUUAGAAGCUUUACACUACCUACAUACCUGCAGGAUAGCUCAUCUCGACCUGAAGCCUGAGAACGUUGUGGUGGAGCAGGCGUCUGCUCAUUCCGUGGUCAAGCUGACGGAUUUCGGCGACGCCAUGCUCCUCAGCUCUUCCCCCCACGUCCAGCCUCUGGUAGGAAGCCCCGAGUUCUGCGCACCCGAAGUGGUGCUGGGCGAGCCGGUGGCUCUGGCAUCCGAUCUCUGGAGCGUAGGUGUUCUGGCGUACGUGUUGCUGAGCGGCGCCUCUCCGUUCUUAGACGAGAGCGUAGAGGAGACGUGCCUCAACAUCUGCCGCCUGGACUUCAGCUUCCCAGAAGAUUAUUUUGCAGGCGUGAGCAGAGCAGCACGCGAUUUCGUGUGUUCGCUGUUGCACUCCGAAACGUGGAGGAGACCGUCAGCUCAAUCCUGCCUGCAGAGCGAGCCCUGGCUCCGCCCCCGGGCCGCUUCCGGAUUGGUCCGUCUUGACACAGCGCGACUCGUGGCCUUCAUUGAGAGGCGCAAACACCAGAGUGACCUGAGGCCCAUGGAGAACCUGAGGACGUUUUUAAGAAGCCGGCUUCUUGGUAAAGCGUGACAGAUGGUUCUCCAGAAAAAGACCUAAAGAGCAACAGAAAUGGGUUCCUCGGGCAGGUAUGAGGGAGACUUCAGCAACUUCUGGCAACUCUGUACCUCUGAGUCCAGUAACCACCUCAUCACUCAAGAGUUUUCAAGAUGUUUGAUGUCUCUCUUGAGUUCCUGGUGAAACUGGAGUUUAACUCUGAAGUCCAGCGACUAUCUCAUCCUUGGAAGAUCGGAGACUUUCAACAUUUUUGGGUUGGUUCCAAGAAUCUUGCAAGCUCCAAAUGAAAUUCCAACUGGAAUCUCGUCCUCUUUUUAUUAUUAUUUUUUUUAUUUGAAGCCACGUUUCACCGUAACUGGAAUGUCGUUUAUAUCCUGCUGCUGCUGCUGCUGCUGAUGAUGAUGAUGAUGAUGAUGAUGAUGAUGAUGACAAAACUCAAAUAACUGCUUCCCAACUCUUAAACCUUUUGGACUUUGGAAAUCAGCCUCAUUAUCAAAUCCUGUUUAUACAAAAAAAAAUGCACAGAAGCACAAACGAGACCUUUUUCUUCUUGGAGAGUUUUUUCUUCAUGGCCGUAUUCUGGAUUCAGGUUGUUGCAGUACUGUAUCGUUUUCAGGAAAGUGUUUUGUAUAAAAUAUGUAUAGAAGCUCAGCAAAUGAGAUGCUUGAAGUUUUGGAGUACGAUUAAAAAAACAAACAAGAGAAUAUACUGUAUCUGGAGAAAGGAAACUGGUUCUGCAUCAUCUUCCUGUUCCUCCGGGAAUUUUUGUAACUUUGGGAACAAUUUUAUUUCCAGAAAUACUGCAAGUAAGAGCAAGAACACGUAUAACGUCGACCACUUGUGUAUGUGAGGUGGUGUGAGGUUCUAACACGCCUCCUAGAUGAUUUUUUUACCUGUUCUUCAGUUCUCAUGGGAAAUAAUUCAUUCUGAACCACCGGCAUGUUUAUAGCCGUCUUCCACACCAUCUUUUCAUUACUGGAUGAAGAAAUUCCACCGUCUUUAAUGUGUUUACUCGGAUUUACAAUUUAACCACUAAAUUCAAUUUUGAUUAGUAAGCGGAGCUACUUUUCACUUCCGAUAUGCAUUUUAGCUGAAGUGAGACAUUUCCAAAUCCAUUCCAGGGAUUCUAACAAUAUACGUUUUUUAAUUGUAACAAUUACGUUUUGUGCGGCGGAGAAACGUACCAUUGUAUGCUCUGCCCUCCGCUCCGCCCUCUGCUUCGCCCUCCACUCCACCGUCCACUCCAAACACCACUCCACCCUCCACUCCAUCCUCCACUCCGCCUCCGCUCCGCCCUCUGCUCCGCCCUCUGCUCCGCCCUCUGCUCUGCCCUCUGCUCUGCCCUCCACUCCACCAUCCACUCCAACCUCCACUCCACCCUCCAACCUCCGCUCUGCUUUCCACUCCACCCUCGACUCCAUCCUCCGCUCCGCUCC